AAAGAUCGUUGAACUGAAACUUUUGUUAUAUUCCUCGUCUCACUUCUCUCUCUCUCUAAAUUUUCACACAAAUUCACAUGUUAUAAAUAUUUAAUAUGCACACAUAAUCAAGUAUAUAGCCGUUGUAUUGCUUAGAGUAAAAGUACAGGGAGGUUAAGAAAUUUAGAGAAAUGCCGCCAGCGAGCAUUCUGCUGGUUUUUGUGACGGUGGCGGUGGCGGUGGCGGUGGCAAUGGAGGUCUUACCGGAUGCGGCGGUGUUUGGUGGUGAAGGGAAGAGCUUGACGUUGACUCUAGAAAGGACGAGUCAUAACGGAGUGGAGAUGAGUCAACUCAGGGACCGUGACCGAGUCAGACAUGUUAGAUUCUUGCAGCAACAGCUGACGGGGGUGGUUGAUUUCCAAGUUGAAGGAACCUACGAUCCUUUUAUUGUUGGGCUAUAUUAUACAAAAGUUAAACUGGGGACUCCUCCAAAAGAAUUCUAUGUACAGAUUGAUACUGGAAGUGAUGUUUUGUGGGUCAGUUGCAACUCCUGUAAUGGCUGCCCAACAUCCAGUGGACUUCAAAUUCAACUUGAGUUCUUUGAUCCCACGAGCUCAUCGACGGCUUCGUUGAUCUCCUGUUCAGAUCGAAGAUGUGAUUUGGGAACACAGUCUUCGGAUUCAUUGUGUUCUAGUCAAAACCAGUGCGGUUAUAGGUUCCAGUACGGUGAUGGCAGUGGGGCUUCGGGUUUUUAUGCAUCAGACUUGAUGUAUUUUGACACAAUCAUUGGGAAUUCGCUGGCCUCGAAUUCUUCAGCGCCUAUUAUUUUUGGGUGAGUUAAUGAUGAAUGAUAAUUAUAUA